CAGUCAGCAGUGAUGCAAAGUCUGGUAGGUGAGGCAGGCUGCGGAGCCGCAGCACAACUGCGCACUUCUCGCGCCGCAGUUCGGACCCUCUGGACCUUUCACCGGCGCCUCGAACCCAACCUGCGGCGCUCCGGUUCACUUCUCCCACGAUGUUUGUAAAAGAUGCCGCACCUUUUCGCGAAUGUUGCGGAAAACUUGUAAAGGACUGUUUGCCUUGCUGUUGAUAGUGUUGGAGUGGACGCGUCCAGGCCUGCUAUCCCCACUGAGGCCGAUCUGUGACCUGAGGGUCCUGAACCAUUUCAUCCAGGAAGCACGAGACGCAGAAACUGCUAUGAAGUCGUGUAGAGAAGGAUGCAGCCUGUCAGCAUCUGUCUCUGUUCCCCAAACCACUGUCAACUUUGAUGACUGGGAGAAGAAAACUGCGCAGGAGCAAGCUCAGGAAGUUCAGACGGGCUUGUGGCUUUUACAACAGGCCCUCAGCUUACUACAGACGUCGAUGACAAAUGCAGAGCUGAACGUCCACAUAGACAACACUGUCAGAAACCUGCUCAGCAUCAACGCUGUGCUGCGAAGUCUCAAUAUUCAGGAAUAUACUCCACCAGCCAGUGCAGCGGGACUCCCGGGAACGUGGCGGGUGUCCUCGGCAGCAGAGCUGCUCCAAGUUCACGUAAACUUCCUGCGAGGGAAAGUGCGCCUGCUGCUCUUGGACGCGCAGGCUUGUCGGCAAGACGUCAGCUGAUCGGCCGACCGGCCUUCUAAACCAGGCAAAAGUAACUCGUGUUUCCUAAGGCACGUGGAGGAACUUGACUUUGUUCAGCAGCUGGAUGCAGUGUGGGAAGAGUCUCUGUGUAUAGGGGAGCGAUCUAAAAGGAAAAGACACUUCCAGGAAAUGCUACAGAUGGACAGGAGAUGACAGCACCUUGGAAUGUAGACGCGUCUCGUGGACAUGUUGAAGCACAUACUGACCAGAACGAUGCCUUUGAGAAGCACCGCUCCAAUAGCUGUUCUACAGGCACUCUCUUGCACUUUCUGUGAGGACGUACUCGUAUGAAUGACUCGACGUUGGACGUUUCACUGCGUGUUCUGUUUUCAAGGGGUUUGACCCCCCACACUCAUUUCUGUAGAGAGAAAGAAAAUACAGAUUGCACCUGAAAACUGGAGGACUACGAGGCAGAACGAGGGUUUUCACUCUAAACGCCUUUUAUCAUUUUUCAACCAUGCCUCUUAGAAAUAAUAUUCUUGUCUUUUGGAACUGGUCAGUGUAGUAUUCUAUUAUUUUUAAUAUAUGUAAUAGCUAUUUAUACAGAUUUUCUACUUUCAGGCUCUAGUCUUUAGCUAUAGAUCCUCAAUUAAAUGUUCACUUUUUGUACCACUGAACAUUUUGCACACAUGCAAAGAUAUUCUCAUGAUUUGCAAAGUCAAGCUGCUCCUCCUUUUUUAUAUAUAAAUAUAUAUAUAAAUUUAAAGGACAUCUGUGUUACACUUACUCCAAGAACAGAAGCCAAAAGCUCUAUUAGUUUCAUUCGUAGUGUGAGAGCAAGAAGUCCCUGUGGAGGGUCACAUGGGAAUGAUGAGCCUGUUAUCUUUGUUUCAGUUUCUGUCUAGCCCCAACACUCAUCCCGUCUCUGCACACUGAUAGCCAGACCGCCUGGAAAAUUUACAAUUAACAUCCUGUGGAGCCGUGAUUGCAAAAAGAUUUCCAGAACCUGACGCUCGCUUUGUUUUUUUUCCCUUCCUCCGCUGUUUGUCAAACAGAAAACAGGCAAUCUUCUCAUCCUGGGAACUUCGGGGCUAAUUUGAAAAAAAAAAGAUGCUCUGCUCUUUUACGUUCAUUAAGAGUUGUUGUCUUCCGUAUUUUUAUGUUUUGUUGCGCAAGUGCAAGAUGUUUUUGAGGAUGUUGGUCUGUUUUCUUUCCUGUUUUUUGUAUCGUUUUGUUCCAUUGCUGCAAAAAUCCACUAUUUAAAUACAAAAAUACUGUGCUUGGAUAAAGAAAGGAUAGAAGGAAACAACAACGGGAAGUUUGUUCAUUUUUUUAUCUCUGUCGCUAAGAGCAGUCGAAUUAAAAAACAAACAUCCACUGAGAACAAACAAUUAAUUCAUGCUGCACAAGUUUUACAGUCAUCCAGCCUUGUUUUCAUGUCUUGUUUACAGAAAUUAAAUUCAAGGAAAUGCACAAGCUAAAAUCUGAAGAAGUUGGAAUGGAGUGUGGGGUGUAAACCAGAAUGUAAAUCUCAUAAAUUCAAAAUUUUUCAUGGUGGAACACAGUGAAAAUAGCAAAAGUUGAAGCUAAAACUGGCAUUAAAACAAGUCUGAUCUGUUCAGUACAUCAACACCUCAUCCACAGAUCCUGGUUAUUUAUUUGGGAAUAUUAGCUGCAGUAAAACUACAGCUUAUUAUUGUAAAAAUAAAAUGAAUAUUGAUCUCA